CAAUAGCUCAAUUCUUACAUUCAUCCAACUGAUCGGACAUUUCAGUAUAUGAUCAACAUGCACUUCCACAUCUUCGGACAGAACAUAUCGCAAAGUCUCUCCCCAGCCAUACACAAUGCGGCAUUCACGGCCCUCGGACUCCCGCAUAACUACGACAUUCGCGACUGCACAAGCCUCAACGAUGUGGAGCACCUAAUCAACGACAACGACUUUGGAGGCGCUAGUGUUACCAUGCCGCACAAACUCAGCGUCGACCACUAUUGCAACAAAAUAUCAGAUGCGGCUAUGAAAAUCGGCGCCAUAAACACCCUCGUUGCGCGCCGAAAUGACUCCGGAGCUCGAACGAUUCACGGAGAUAACACCGACUGGACUGGCUUGUACUCUAUUGCUGUUGGAUAUCCGUCGCUCGAAUCCUCGCGGUCAACCGUCGGGCUCGUUAUUGGUGCCGGUGGAGCAGGUAGAGCAGCUGUCUACGCUUUGGCCCAGGCAGGGAUUAAGCAAAUUUACGUUUGGAACCGAACGGUCGACAAGGCCCGUAAAAUUGCUAUCGACUUUCGGGAUAUAUGCAGUGUCACGGUUGCGGCGCACCAAUCGGAUAUCAUAGAGGGGCCCGAUAUUAUCAUCGGCACUAUUCCCGGUGAGGUGCUGCCGCGAUCAGCGUUCGUUGACCUUUUUCGAAAGCCAAAGGGACUGUGCAUUGAGAUGUCUUACAAGCCGCCGGUUACAAAUUUGCUUUCAGUUUCCAGGGCGCACGGCGAAUGGACUACGGCCGAUGGUCUCGAGGUACUCCUGCAACAGGCCUUCGGACAGUCUGAGCUCUGGACGGGCAGGGAUGCGCCGCGGGAUUCGAUGAGAGCCGCUGUCAAACUUGCGAUUGGAAAUCAGAGUGUAGCGAACACCGGAAAUGCGCGUAUUUAGCUACGGAGUUGAAGUCGAAGACCGGCUUCCAGCCAUAACGUUAUGUGACAGAAGAAAAGAGUAACAAUGUCAUUCUUGUACGUACAAAUUAUGCGAAGCAAAAUAGUCAAUUAAGAAUAGCGCGAGGAUCAAGACAUUAAUUUAUAUCUAUCAGUGGCACCCCACCGCGAGCCAAUUCUUUCCGUCUCCAAAUUAAACUUCAAACGGCCUGACUGUACAUGGCCACUGUCUGUUAGUAUAG